AUGAGGGUGACAGUGGAAAUAUUGACCGGAAAACUCUUCUACAUUCACAUCGGUGAUGAAGCCACGGCUGCAGACCUCAAGAGAGAGAUUGGAACCCAAGAAAAUCUCCCUCAAGAUCGACUCAUUCUGAUAUUUGGUGAUGAUCCGAGCCAUUUGAUGAAUGAAAAUGAACUCACUCUAGUUUAUUAUGGAAUUGAAGAUGGCUCUCAUGUCCAUCUGUUUUUCGAUCCCCUUGAUGAGGGAUCUUCCCAUCAUUUUCUUUCGAGUUCUCAAGAUCCUAUUUUGCUUCAGGCCUCCCCACUGGUCGGCCUCUCCAACCAACAAACUGAAUGA